UGCAACUUAUGAGUCUUAUUUUCUCUUAUCCAUAGAUCACAAGCAAGAGAUUACUUUAUUUUUCUUUCUCAUUUUUGAGUAAAUAAUUUAAGAAACAACAAAAUGUCAUUCACUGGAACUCUUGAUAAAUGUGCAGCUUGUGAUAAAACUGUUUAUGUGGUUGAUUUGUUAACUCUUGAAGGUAUACCUUACCAUAAAAGUUGCUUCAAAUGCAGUCACUGCAAGGGAAAUCUUACGAUGAGCACCUACUCAUCAAUGGAUGGUGUCCUCUAUUGUAAGACACAUUUUGAACAGCUUUUCAAGGAAUCAGGAAAUUUCAGCAAGAACUUCCAGAAUGCAAAGGCUACUGAGAAACAAAAUGAGUCUGUGAAUAGGGCACCCACCAGAAUGUCCUCUAUGUUCAGUGGGACUCUAGACAAAUGCUCAGUUUGCACAAAAACAGUCUAUCCUUUGGAAAAGAUGUCAUUGGAAGGAGAAUGCUACCACAAGAACUGCUUUAGGUGUGCUCAUGCAGGGUGCCACCUUACACAUUCAUCCUAUGCUGCCCUAGAUGGUGUUCUCUAUUGCAGGCACCAUUUUCAACAGCUUUUCAUGGAGAAAGGAAACUACAAUCAUGUGCUUCAAGCAGCUGCAAACAGGAAGAAUGCAACUCCACCUCCUGAACCAGCUGAACCAGCUGAGGAUGAUGAUGGUGUUGAACCAUCAAAGACGGCUGAUGAUGAUGAUGAACCAUCAAAGCCAGAAGAAGAAACUGAGGAAAAGACAGAAGAAACACCUGAAGCUUGAAUUGCUUCCACCUCCUUAUUUUGAUUGAAAUUCAGUAUCUAAGAUUUGUUUACAAAUUAGUUUAAUUAAGUGUAAGUUUAUUUGCGAGGUUUAUUUAUGUAUUCACCG